CAAAGUUUCGUAUUUGUGGUACUACAAGAACCAUACCAAUACUCAUUUAAAGUCUGACAUCAGAAGAAGCUUUAGGUUAUAAAGCUGUUCUGUUAAGUUAGUGUUUGAACAGCGUAAUUUAACAUUUACUUUUGGUUCCUGCCUGGAAGAUAGCCUGGACGUCAUACCUGACAAAGAAAUUGAAGAGCCAAUAUGCUGGAUAUCAUAAUUGGAUCGAUUUUAGUUGCAAUUUUGCUGGCUAUUUGUACGUUUUUGAUCUUAGUUCCGUACAAUUUUAAUACAAUUAUCAUUUCCACUGAACCAAAAGGGACUACAAAAAUCCCAGGACCAAAAGGAUUGCCAUAUUUCGGAAAUAUCCUCACCUUCAAUGUUCCUCGCGAAAAGUUAAUUAAAACAUUCAUGGAUAUGCAUAGAGAGUAUGGGGACACGUUUUGCUUUUGGGUGAUAGGAUUUAUGUACGUGUUCAUAAACGACCCUGAUGACAUUGAGGUCAUAUUGAACAAUCGAUCUCACAUAACGAAAUCGCUAGAUUAUAGACUGCUGGAGCCAUGGCUCAGCACUGGCCUGCUAACUAGCACAGGCGAGAAGUGGCACACCAGGCGCAAGAUCCUUACCCCAGCGUUUCAUUUUAAGAUACUGGAGGAAUAUGUCCAAGUGUUCAAUGUUAACAGUGAAUUUCUGGUCAAGAACCUUGAGGCUCACAUCAAAGAACCUUUCACCACCAUAAACGAACACAUUAAUAAGUGCACACUGGACAUAAUCUGUGAAGCUGCUAUGGGUAUACCCAUGCAUGAUAACAAAUACGAUCAUUCUGAAUAUACUAAAGCUGUAAAACGGCUGACAAAGAUUCUCGUCCACAGACAAUUAUCCCCUUGGCUUUAUAGGCAGUUCAUCUAUAACUUGACUCCAAUAGGACGAGAGGAUGCCAGACUCCUACAGAUACUUCACGGCUUCACUAAUCGGAUGAUCAAAGAGAGGAGAGAAGAAUACAGAGCGAAUUUGAAUUCUGAAGAAAAUUUCAACACAAAGAAAAAGAGACGUUUGGCGUUUUUGGAUCUCCUGAUCGAAAUAUCGGAAAAGGAAGGUUUGCUCACAGAUGCGGAUAUAAGGGAAGAAGUGGACACCUUCAUGUUUGAGGGCCACGACACGACGGAAGCUGCAAUUUCAUGGACUCUGUACCUCCUUGGUGCGUACCCUGACGUACAGGAAAAGGUUGUGGCAGAGUUAAAUGACAUUUUUUGGGACUCUGAUCGUCCAGCGACAUAUGAAGACCUCCAAAGAAUGAAGUAUUUGGAACAAGUGAUCAAGGAAACUCUCAGACUCUACCCCAGUGUUCCGGGUUUUAACAGAAAACUUGACGUCGAUGUUAAACUUAAAAACUACACGAUUCCAGCAGGGGCUUUUGUUCCCAUUUCUCCACUUAUAUUACACCGAAAUGCUGCAGUAUUUCCCAACCCAGAAGAAUUUAACCCUGAUCAUUUUCUACCAGAGAAGGUACAGGGUCGACAUCCAUUUGCGUACAUUCCAUUCAGCGCCGGUCCCAGAAAUUGCAUUGGACAACGAUUUGCUAUCCUGGAACAGAAGACUGUAGUCUCACGCGUUUUAAGGAAAUACAAACUUGAGUCGAUAGAUAAGAGAGAAAAUAUCGACCUAAUGUUUGAAUUUAUUCUAAGAGCGAAACAGGGGCUCAGAAUUAAAAUAUCUCCACGAUAGGAUCCAAUAUUUAUUUCCAGUUCAUUUUUAUGUUAUAGCCUAAUGGAAUCAAUAUUUUGAAGGAAAUGAGAAUGAAAUUUCCGGAGGAAAGCAAAUGGACAGGCAAACAGUCUUGAAAUAAAAGUAUAAACAAUUAUUUUCAACAUUUGGCAUUAUUUUAAAUAUAUAUAGGGAUUUUUACAGGAGUGGAGUUAAUGUUUUGUUUAAUUUUAAAUUACAUUGUGUAUUUAGUGAAAAGGCUUAUAUAUGAUACAUUUAUGCCUUUAAAAUAAAGUUAAAGAAAAG